AACCUCCUCUCAUUGGAGCCUCCCUCUCUGUAUGAAUAGCUGAAGAGGAGGCAUUGCCUGGGAGUCUUCUCCAUUCACUUGCCAGUGAGGGCAGCUUCUCCUCGGCUCUCUUCUUCCUGCAAGCAAACCCAAGAGACAGCUUCUGCCUUUCCUUCUGCCGGAGGGUCAUGGAGAGCAUCCUGGGUUCUCGCACCUUGGGCGAGGAGUCUGUCCAGAUGUGGGAGCUCAACAAGCGCCUAGAGGCCUACCUGGCCCGGGUGAAGUCCCUGGAGGAAGAGAACGGCCUGCUGAAGUCGGAGAUCCAGAACCUGAGGUCAAGUCCCUUGGAGACUUCCUGCUGGAGGGGCCACUACGAGGAAGAGGUGGCCACCAUGAGGGCCGCCUUGGACCAAGCGUUCCGAGAGAAACACGCGGCCGAACUGGCCCGGGAAGCCCUCCAUGACCAGGUCCGGCAGGUCAAGGGCCAGUGCCAAAAAGAGCGGGUGGCCCGGGAAGAGGCUAAGAGGCUCUUGGUGGCCGGCAAGAAGCAACUGGAGGAAGAGCGGAGGGCUGUCCUGUGGCUGCAGAAGAAGGCAACCCAGCUGGAGAAGGAGGCCGAAGGGCUUGUGGAAGUCCACCAGGAGGAGUUAGCUAGGCUGGAGCAGGAGGCGUGUGGUUUCUCCCGCAGCUUGGAGGAAGGCUUCCGUGUGGUGGUCCCACCAGGAUGCUUCCAGCCCCGAGAGGUGGAGGACUAUGCCCAGCAGCUCUCCUCCAUCUGGCAAGGAGCAGUGGAGACCUACAAGCGUGGUGUCUCCCAGGCUGAGGCCUCGCUCGGCCAGGCCAAGGAGGAGCUCCGGAGGGCCACCCAAGGCAACCGAGAGAGUCAACUCCAGCUCCAGCAGCUGGAGGCCGAAUUGACUGACUUGACAGGACGCAAAGAGGCAUUGGAAGAGAGCCUCUCCCAUCAGGGGCAGCUCCUGCAAGGAGAGGCUGAGAAGCUCCAGGUGGGUGGACACCAGGCAUGCACUUGGCUUGAGAAGGGAGGGAGAAGCUGAUAUGAGGAUCCUUCU